AUGCUUGCGAAGUCGCCACUCGCUGGCUACACUGUCGCGCUUAGCGGCACCUUUCCCGGCACGACGCAUCCGACUGUCUCAAACAGAAUCACCGAUCUUGGCGGCAAUCUGGCGAAGAGCGUGACUGUAGAUACAAAUAUCCUCAUUUCCACGCCAGCAGAUGUCAGCAAAGUCUCGAAGAAGACUCAAGACGCGCAAUCCAACGGCAUUUCCAUCGUUUCCAUCGAUUGGCUGGACGAAGUUGAGCUCCGCAGCGAUGUAGUCGAUCCCAAAGAUUUCUCACUUCUCACUGUUUCAAUGCCUGCCGCCGACGUGAAAGGAAAGGCCAAGAAGCGUGCAGCAUCGCCCAACAACUCUAACGCACCAGCUUCCAAAGCUGCAAAAGUCGGCCCGCUGAAUACGGCACCAAAGCUCGAGCCCAAGGUUGGAGACGGGUCCUUGUUGAAGUCUCGUAACAUGACCAUUCCCCUAGAUGAGGGUUGCCCGCUACAGACGUAUCGUGUCUAUGUCGACGGCGAUGGUAUAGUGUACGAUGCGUCUCUAAACAAAACUGAUGCAUCUGCGAACAACAACAAGUUCUAUCGUUUACAGACGUGGACGCGAUGGGGCAGGGUCGGAGACAGGGGCCAGAGCAAAGUACUUGGCGCCGGUAGCUACAGUGAUGCAUUUUUGAACUUCAACAAAAAGUUCAAGGAGAAGAGCAAGCUAUCUUGGGCAGAUCGCGGUGAGGAACCGAAGAGAGGUGCCUAUGCCUACGUCGAACGCAGCUAUGAGGCUGACACCGAAGACGAAGAGGUCGAGGAAGUUGCUGCCAACGUUUAUAGUCGUCAAUUCCGAAGCGCCUCGCCUGCGAAAUCGACCCUGGCAGUCCCUGUACAGUCUCUCAUGCAGCUCAUCUUCAACCAGCAAUACAUGUUCGAGGCGAUGAGCGACCUCAAUUACGAUGCUAUGAAGAUGCCCCUAGGGAAGCUGAGCAAGGCAACUAUCAACCGUGGCUUCCAAGCCCUCACUGAGUUGGCGGCAUUGCUAAAAAAUGGAAUUUCCUCCCGAGAUGAGGUCGAAGACCUUAGUAAUAGGUACUACUCGUUGAUACCACACAACUUCGGUCGAUCGCGCCCACCUGUCAUCGGUGAUACUAGCACACUGAAACGGGAGGUCGACCUAUUAGAUUCUCUCGGAGACAUGAAGGCCGCCGCAGAUCUGAUGAAGAAGGACUUGAACAGUGUAGAGAAGAUCAAUGCUCUAGAUCGCCAGUUUCAGAGCCUUGGUCUCGAGGAGAUGUCGGUCAUUGAUCCAUACAGUCACGAAUACCAAGAAUUGGCCAACUACCUGAUCAACACGAGGGGUGCGACACAUGCUGUCGACUACAAGGUCGAAAACAUCUUCCGCAUCGAACGCCAGGGCGAACUGGACCGCUUCCAGCGAAGCUCUUUUUCCAAGAUCAAGAGCGACAGACGCCUACUCUGGCACGGCUCUCGGGCGACCAACUUUGGCGGCAUCCUUAGUCAGGGCCUUCGCAUCGCUCCGCCCGAAGCACCCGUGUCAGGAUAUAUGUUCGGCAAGGGUAUCUAUCUGGCUGACAUGUCGUCCAAAUCCGCAAAUUAUUGCUGUUCAUACAACAGCGGAGGUCACGCCCUUCUCCUACUCUGCGAAGCCGAGCUUGGCCAGCCGAUGCAAGAGCUAACACAGGCUUCAUAUACCGCGGGAGAAGACGCAAAUUCUAAGGGAAACUGGUCCACAUGGGGCAAGGGUAUGACAGGCCCUGCGGCAUGGAAGGAUGCGGAGUGCGUUCACCCGUCUCUUCGUGGCGUGAAGAUGCCCGACACCGAUAUACUUCCCACUAACACCAACAUACCCGGCGCUUACCUCCAGUACAAUGAGUACAUUGCCUAUGAUGUCGCUCAAGUCCGCCUUCGGUACCUGUUUCGCGUCCGCAUGUGAGACAUUGAUCUCCCACGAAUCCACAAUGCCUGUGCCACUUAUUAACACUUAUGUGAAACGAGCGUGUGGUCGUGCUAAUCUUCUCCGCAUAUCCUCUUCGGUCGUAUGGGUCAUAUCGAUCAUCAAAUUAGAUAUAUCUUCGCGGAAAUGAGCGUGGAGCUCACUUGCGCGUGCAAAGCAUAACAUGGAGUCUGAGUCGAUAAUGUUCAGACGAAUGCUAUAGAUCUCUAACGAACUGGUGCGAUUUCACUAGCUCAGAGCAGUCCUUCACCGCGCUCAUCAAGACAAAGGUCGGCAUCGAAUGCACGUCAUAUGUUCUAUCACCGAAACAGAAGACUACAAACAAUGUGACACCUUAUCUUGCCCGUAGUACAGUGUGCUAUCACC